AGUGAUUCAGAGAAACGUUCAUCAGCUGACCAAGCAUUUCGGGAAAUUCUAAUGACAAAACUGGUGAGGUUUUUAUUUUGCCUGAAAAGCUGACAAGAUUGAUAUAUGACAAUACUCUUAAUAUUAUUGAAUUCAGAAAUUGUUUUAAACACUAUAAUAAUGCGUUGUUUGUACUAGCUAAACUAAGUCACACAACUAUAUACAAAACUGUCCAGUAAUAUCCUUAACACAAAUUUUAUUCUCUUUUAACAAGACUGUUGAUAAAGAUUGGUUGGUUUGUGAUCGUUUGGUCCACAGUGCAAUAGACUGCUCUAAAAAUGGUAUGGUUUCAAUUUCAUCCUAGGGCUUUAGCAGUUUGUCAGUAUUAGAUGGAUGGUUAGGUAAUGAGCACCACUUACUCUUGUCUGAAUAUAAUUUACCUCAAACUUAUGUGAGAUGAGUGCUUCCAAUUUGAUUCUUCAGAACAACACAGAUUUUCUCAAGUCCAUUUAGGAACACAGAGCAGUUGGUUAGAGCACUGUACCAGAAUUGCAGGGCUGUAGGUUCAAUUCCUACCAGAGGACCUUGUGCUGCAUUUUUCGCAGUCGUUCCUGGUUAGGUCUUAAAAUGUAUAUAUUCGCACUUGGAUUACAAACCCUAACAAUCCAAUAAGGGACGGUCCUUAAUGGAGAACAGUAUAGAGAAGAAGUUCAGUUUAUAUUAUUGCAAGAACAUUUCUAUCCAGUUUUGCAAAAAUAUCCAUAUUUAGUUAUUUACCAUCUAUAUGGUAUUCUUUGGCCAUAGGUACCACCUCAGUAGCCUUACCCAUUACCUUGAUGUCAGACAUGUUUGAUUGUAUCACACUGGACGUUUGUGAAGAGUUGUUUCAUAUUGUAGAGAAACACGUAGCAACGUGGGCAUCUGUAAGUACAAUUGAAUUCUUUUUUAUUGAAUAGUCAACUAGUUAAUGCCUAACAAGUUUUUGUUGUCAUUAUUGAAUUUGAAAUUUCUUCUAUUGCCAUAGGAACCUUUCUUCACAGCGGGAAAAAACUUACUGCUGCGGAUGUGUAAUGGUAGGUGCAGAACUGUUUGAGACUUGACGAGCUCAGUUAUAUGAGUACACGAGAUUUUGGUAUAUAUAUGAGCUUGCUCAUGAGCAUACCAGAUUUUGGUAUAAAGAAAUACCAGACUGUAGUAUUGGUGUAUCUCCAGUACGUAAGUACGCAAAUUUUCGUACCUGACUAAUUUUAUUUAAUCAUCGAAGCAUGAUGUCAUUUCUACUUUAGAUUUACUACGCCGCUUAUCAACGUCACAGAACACUGUGUUUUGCGGACGGAUACAAUUGAUUCUAACACGACUGUUUCCUUUAUCAGAGAAGUCAGGUACAUUGUGAGCGACAGUGUUUUAAGACUGGUUUGCAUUAUCAAACCUUCUGUGAUCACGGUAACAAAGUUUGCUUAGGUAAAAAUUCUAAGUUUGAGGGGACUGAUUCAGUGUUAAACAAUGAUUCAUUUCCUUCAAACAUUUCUUACAAAUCCUUCAAAAAUUUACCGAUGCAAAAUUCCUACUGUGAUCACAGAAACUUUGAUAGUGUAAACCAGACUUAAUACACUCUUUCGGUAAUUACGUCACAACUACACUGUUUUCAACUUAGGACCACCUUAAAUGGAAAGGAUUUCAAGUUUGUUUUUUCUCAUGGGCUAUGCACAGAGAAGCAGAACAUCGUUCUUUAACACAUGCAUGAAAAAUAAUUCUUUAUUUUGACCAAUAAAUGUGGAAAUAAGCUUUAACACGAAAACGAGGCUCUAGGUCAUGACUUGGAGCCUCGUUUUCGUGUUAAUACUUGUUGCCAUAUUUAUUGAUCAAAAUCCAAAAAUUUUUUCAUGCUUGUGUUGAAGAUGGAUGUUCUGCUUCUCUGUGGAUAGCCCAUGAGAAAAAAACUUGAAAUCCUUUCCAUUUAAGGUGGUCCUAAGUUGAAAACAGUGUAGUUAUGACGUAAUUAUCGAAAGGGUGUAUUGACAUGUUUGAGCAUUUUAAAUUUCUGUAGAUUGAAAGAAAUACGGUUUCUCAUCUCUAGUUUGCUAUUUAUGUAAUUAUGUAUAGGUUUAAAUCUCAUGAGUCAAUUCAAUGUGGAAAAUGUGACGAAGUUUGACUACAAAGGAAGUUCGAGUAAGGUGAGCGAAAAAAAUAACCGUUGAUGUUUCAAUGGACAUACCAGAUUUUUUGAAAACUCAAAAAUAUUCUGGGGGCAAUGGUCCCCAUAGUACGAUACCUCCUUCACCUUUGGCUGUCACCAAUCGAAAACUGAUUCACAUUAUUAUUUUUCAAGGAGAAAAGUAACUCAAAGAAAGAAGUUACUGAUAGGUAUAUAUUUGAAACGAUUUUCCACGACUUGACUUUAAAAGCGUUUUCCGUAAUUGUACCUCAGUUUGAACGUAAUGCUUUUCCUUUUGUAUAGUGAAGUUGUGGAUUAUGUCCUGUACACAAAAUUCUGGUCCUUGCAAGAUUUCUUUCGAAGUCCUACGCAGUGCUAUCAUGAUUUAAACUGGAAAAAAUUUGUAGAUGUAAGUAAAUUCAACGACCAAUUUGAGAAAGCUUGAAAAAAUUGCUAUUAUUAAAAUUAUCAUGAUUAUUAAAAAAAAUCGAUAUUUCAAAAUUAUCAUGCAUAUUACGUUGCCCAACACAACAUUUGUCAUUAAGGCCCUACAAGUAUUUCCACUCAGGAAAAUUUUCCUCAGAAAGAAAAUUUUGUAGAAUUGGAUUGGCCGACACAAAUUUUCGGAAAAUUUCCGUGGAAAAAAAUUUCUUUGUCAAACCCAAAGCUUCAAGAGUUCAAACCCAAGAUUUUGUCCUAAAUGUUUUAUCGAUGUCGGUAACUACUGAUAUAUUGGCAAAUAAACUCCUAUAUCGUGUCGGUAAGUUGGAUAUUUUGUUAUAAUGGCUCAUGUCUGUAUACUUAUCGUCCUCGCUGUCAUCAUAGACAUUGCAGAAGACAUUCUGGAUUGUCUGUGGUAUCAUCAAACUUGUCGUGUUGAAAUUUUCAGAAUGCCUCAGCAGUCCUGGCGGCGUUCAGCAGUCAUAAACUGGAACACGUCUCGAAGAAACGAAAACAUAGCGAACACAAGAGUGUUGUCACGAGGUAUAGAUGAUUUAUCAAAUUUUAUGUUUUUGUCCUUGCGACCCAGCAAGAUUAACAGCUUGCUUGAUAAUGGUAACUAGACUGAGUAGAGUACCAGUUUGCCAUUUAGAAGUUUGAAUUCAGACCAAAAUUGCACAACACUUCACUAUGCACAUUAUGAAAUUUAAAACAUUUCCUCGCGGUUUUAUUGCAGUGAUGGUGCAGAUCAACAAAGAUAUUUCGCCAAAUUCUUGACGAGUGAAAAGGUGCGUAGAGGCUAUAUAUGCUAGCUAGAGGCAAAUCGUAAUUUGAUCUUGGCUGCUGUAGAUUUUAUUUGUGUUGACGUAGCCAAGGGUUUUUAGAGUUGUUAGUGGGGCUUCGGUGGCGAAGUGGUCAGCGCACUUGCUUUCACCCCUAAGAUCACACGUUCGAGUCUCAGUGAGAACUUUCUCAACGCGACUUGAAUCCAGUCUUCAUAUGGAGAGAGUCAGUCAACGCUCUGCCGAAAAUCGUGCGUUUUCUCUGGGUACUCCGGUUUCCUCCCACAGGGAAAGUUGACAGGGUGGGUUAGGUAAAAGGGCCCACAGCAAUUGGCAUAUGCUGUUGUGGUGACCCUGCCCUAGCUGGCAAAGUUAAAUAAACAAAUAAACUCCAGAGGCCGGUUGUACGAAGGCCGGAUAGCGCUAUCCACCGGAUAGUGAUUUUUUCAAGCUUUGUUAAAUCAGUCGUUGAUUGGCAUAACUCGUAUUAAAGUUUAGUAUUUAUAAGUUAAAUGUUUUUUAUACUUCUUGUGUCGUUUGUAUCCGUCGUUCACAGUUUUUCAAGCAUUUUACAAAGAUUGAAAAAAUCACUAUCCGGUGGAUAGCGCUAUCCGACCUUCGUACAACCGGCCCCUGGCUUAGAUAUCCCCAUUGCCUCUGGCCUGAAACUUCAGAAUUCUUAAUUCCACAAAGUUUUGAAGGAUACAUUUUGAAUUCGGAGUAACCCUCCUAGCGUUAGACAACGGACUAGCGUCUCUCCAUGGCUUCCAACUUCUGGUAUAAUUUCAUUAGGUUUGUCCUCGUAAAGUGAACUCAUAAAGCUGCAACUUGCCAGGUUUUUUAUCGUAUAUUUUUUUAAAUUUGUAAUUAAGGUUUUCUUUUGUUACAGUUGCUGAACUUACAGUUAAACGAUUCCAACUUUCGGCGAACAGUGAGUAUUAGACCAUCGUUAUAUAAAAACGUGAAAUUCAUGGAAACGUGUGACCAAUUAUCAAAUUUUACUUUCCCGUUUAGAUUCUUGUACAGCUACUGAUAUUGUUUCAAUAUCUUACUGGGGAGGUGAAGUUUAAAAGGUAUAUAAUUAUUUGUGAUUAAUAAUUCAUGAAGAAAACACAAAAGAAAUCAUGAGCGUGGAGGAGUUUGUAUAUCUGAUACAAAAUCAUGCUCAUUUACAUACACUUUAAGUUCAAUUUUCUCACCAAAUAUCAUUCAUUUAUUUUAAAUUGUCGAAGAAUACAAAUGUACUCAUCAAGACCUUUCACAAGCCAUGUAUACAACGUUCGCGUCUGUGUUGUAUCGGAUUUACAAACUCGAGCCGAAGGCGCGGUUUCAGUGCUAGGAACUGUCCGGCAGCGGAUAAUAUCCAACAUACUGUUGGCUCGGUUUGCAUGAAUUUGAUUCCCCAUCUUUGUGUAGUGCAAGUCAAAAGUUGAAGGAGAAGCAAAGUUCGUUUGUGAAAGAUACAACUUCAAAAGUUUACGAGGUAACUAUAUGAUAAAACUUACUGCUUUGUUACAGUUUGAAACUGAAAUGCAACUGUGUCACGUGGCAGCUUUGGACUACUCAGGGCACCUUGCACUUAUAUUUAGUGACGGUUAUAUCUUUCAAAUUGUAGUUCUGCUAAAAUGCAGGAUAUUUAUAGACAUCGUUCAUUGCUAAAAUUUCUUGUUUCAGUUGCUGAAGGAAACACCACCUGAUGGAGAAAAAUUUGCAAAAUAUGUCGAGGUAAAUUAAUAUAAUGUAAUAGGCUUCAUCACAACUGCACGUUUGUAUU